AUGGAGAACGAAACGACGAAUCACGAGAAUAAUUCAAGUCAUGAGACAGAAAUACAAGCUACAGUGGAGCAGUUAGUUCAGGAAAUAGCCGAAGAUUACAGAAACUAUCUGAAUUUUGAUAUAACGAAAGAACAAUCUAAAUAUUAUGAAAGUAUCGAAGGCAUGUUGACUAAACUGGAAGAAUUUUGUGGACUGGUCGACUUGAUUCGAAGUGAUACCAACUUAUGUUUAAAUACAACUUUACCUAAAAUACAGGAGAAGUGUAUUGAGAUGAGGCAUGUGUUUGAUAGGAUUAAUAAAUUAGUGCAAUUUGUAGAAGUAGUUAAAAGAGAUGUAAAUAUUAUAGAAGAGAAGGUAACUCAAGCUGAGAAAGAUGUAGGUGAUUCUAUAGGAUCAGGUUUAAUCAAGAAACUUUCCUCUAUAGUAGGAUCUAAGAAAUCCAAGGAAAAGAAGAAAGUUGAAUAUGAAGAACCAUUGAUAUUUAACACUGAUCAGUACUUUCCUAAAAAUAGUCAGACAUUACUGGUUGAGCAGCCUGAUAUAGUUAACCCUUCACCUACACCUGAUAUAGCUAACCCUUCAGCUUCAAGUCAAACAGAUCAACCCUCCUCUACAACUAGCUGAUGACCAGGCUUGACACGAUAUUGUAGUUUUGUCACCUGUUAAAGCAGAUAUUUGCAUAGUGAGAUUUGACACAAAUAUAAUUAUUGUAACUUCAAGAGAUAUUGUCGUGUAAAUAUCUGCUUUACCAGCUGAUAAAGAUGUUUAUAGCAUUCCAUUCUAUAGAAACAGUUAUUAUAAUUGCUUGUUACUUUACCUUGUUAUUGUUGUUAUUUGUAAGAUAUAUUAAUAUCAUUAAUCAAUGU